CUGCCUGAUGCCAGAGCAGCAACCUGCCCUCAGGUGUAGCCUUGGUACUUGGUGCUGCUUUGAGAGUGUCUGUGUUGAGAGUGUCUUAGUGCCUGAGCCCGAGGAAAUGAGUUCAAUCCUCCUCUGUCUGCUCUUUGCUGUCUUUUAUGCUGUGCUGAGGCUCGCCAGAUCUGAGGCUUCUCCGAGGAAGAGGAGACACAAAAAGAAAAAGCAGAAACCAAAAGCUUUUGGGUGCUGUGAGGAAGAGCUGGAGGAGGCUUGUGCAUCCCUAGAGACGUGCUGCCCUGUGCCCCUGGAGAAGCUCCGCUUGGCUCAGCGCCUCAGGCUGGUUGACAGGAGGCUACAGGACGUGGCCAGACACCUGGAGGAAGUUCUGAUGCCGCCGAGUGUGUCGACAUCUGCCACGAGCCAGUUCUCCUACUCCUCCAGGGAAUCCACCACCUCUGCCCUCCGGAGUCCCAGCUCCUUUUCCCUGAGAGAAGCCUCCGUGACUUGGUCAGAGCCCCUCUGCCACACAAGGGAUAUCAUGCCUGUCGCAAGCUGGGAAGGAUCCACUCAUCCCAUCCAAGCCCAGCCUCUCCCCAGGCCUCCUGCCCACAGCAGACGAGACCGGCGAGAGCAGAACAUAGGUCUGGACCCGAUGUCAGCCCAUGGCUCAGACUUCAACAUCCGACAGAAGCAUCUGCAGAGCCAGCUGGGGGCUCCACAAACCCCCAUCCCGGGAGAGCCAUUGCUGGGUGAGCAGGACACCAAGCAGCAAUGGGAAUUCAACACAGAUCGGCCCAAAUGUGGAUUUCCAGCAAAGGUCCCAAAGCCCCUGAGAUGCGACACCAGCCCUCAGCAUGCACAGGAGAUCCAGGACCAAUGGGUCUGCCCCUGGGAACCCCUGCCCCAAAAGGCCCACAGGAUUAUGGCAUCCCCUGAUGCCAUCCUGGCCAGGCUUGUGCCCAUGGAGUGGGUCAAACUGCAGGAUCACGUGGCUCAGAAAUGCUUGGAGAUCCAAACGAAGGCUUUUCCUAAGGUCGUGAGAGAGUCGCACAGAGAUGCUCCCCUCCUGACAGAGACUGCCCUGCCUGGGCCACUCCGCCCCCCUAGGGAGCCAGGCAGGCACAGGACAGCGGCAUUCCCAACAAUGGGAAAACAGCCUGCCCACCCCAUCGAACUCCACAUAAGGCGUGAGCAUCUCAUCAUGCAGAGGGGGCUGCUCACCCUGGAUCCAGAGCCCCCGGCAAAGCUGCCUCACGCCGUCCAAGCCAGGGGAGCCAGUGUGGAGUUCAGUGAGAUGGAGACUGAUUUCCUGCAGACAGGGAGGCAAAGCACAAGCUCCUCUUCUUCCACACGUCCUCCAACGCCAGUGGAAGAUACCACCAUGGAGAAGGGCAGGAAUGAUAGCGCGGCAGGAAACCAGACUAACCCAGAUCACUGCACUCUGCCAGCAGGGAUGGAUCUGACAUCGCCACCUCCAGGAACCACAAUAGCAGAGAAGACACUCGAAGCGACACUCCAGAUUUAUAGGAGCGAGUUGAGAAAGCCCCUUACCGGAGUGUGUGACAGCUGCACAUGA